GGUUUUAGGGGCUCAUCCCGGGGCGGGCCUCCCUGUGGUCCCGCCCCUGUGACGCAUUUCCUGCGGGAGGCACGGGCAGGCGAAGGCCCCGGUACCCGCCGCCACCGCUGCUGCUGCCGCCGCCCGAGCCGGGGCCCAUGGUGGUGCUGCGGGGCGGCGCGGGCCCUGAGGAGCCCUACCCGAGGAUUGAGGACUGCCUGCCCCCGCUGGAGGACUCCCCGUCCAAGAGGUUCUCCCCGUCCAAGCGAAAGCAGUAUUAUAUCAACAAGGCCAUCCGCAACUCGGACCUCAUCCCCAGGGCCAAGGGCCGCAAGAGCCUGCAGAGGCUGGAGAACACCCGCUACCUGAUGACUCUUCUGGAGCGAGAUGAAUGCGGGAGUGACGAUGGAGAGCUCACCCACUCUGCCACCCCCAGCAUCUUCACUGAAGCCUGUAACAACGAGACCUACGUGGAGAUCUGGAAUGACUUCGUGAACCGAUCAGGAGAAGAGCAAGAGCGAGUCCUGCUCUACCUGGAGGAGGAGGCCCGGAAGAAGCACAAGAGGAAGCUGCCUGUCAAGAAUGAAGACAAGUGGAAAGAACACCCUGCCUACACGCCCAAGGAGUGCUUCCAGCGCAUCAGCCGCCGCCUGCGUGCCACCCUGAAGCGGGGCCGGAUCCCCAUGGGGACGCUGGAGGGCCUGGAGGAAGAGCUGCUGGCCUUCUUCUCCGUCACCCCUCACUCAGUCUACACAGCGCUGAUGGACAACAGCUUUGAGCGACUCCUGCUCCAUGCGCUCUGCCAGUACAUGGACCUCGUCUCUGCCAGUUCGGACAUCGAAGGGAAACGUCAGAUGAAAGUGAGCAACAAACACCGCGUCUUCCUGCCCCCCGAGCUCCUGCUCUCAGACUACCUGGGGCAGAUGAGCUGAUACCCCCGAGGGACACCCUGCCCCUCGCUUGGUGCGCUGAAGGCUUCCUUCAUCUGCUCCUGGCCUCUCCCAGCCCCCUCAUCCCCUGGGAUCAGGCCCACCGCCCACCUCUCCUCUUGCCCGAGCCGGGCAUGGUGCACACCAGCUCCGCACACCGUGCCCCCCCCCCCCCCCCCCCCGAGGGCUUUGUCCCUCCCCCUACUCCAGGAGCAGAUGCUUGAUGGUGCAGAGCCAGGGGUGGCUCUCGGGGCAGCCUGCGCUCCCCUCAGGGUGCUGGGACUGAUGCCAGCGUGGCUCUGCCAGAUGUCACCGUGCUCUGGCUGCGAGGUGUGGGUGAAGCAGGUGCCGAUCUGCCGUGCUUGCCCUGCUCCCCGAGCUGCAGCGCUGCUUCCUGGCCGGAGCUGCUCUCCCUGGAACUGUUUGUGUGUCUAUUUAUAGCCCAGGUGCUUUUUAAAAAUAAUCGGGCGGGGCCAGACCCACCUCUGGCACUGAUGCUGGGGGGGGUGGUUUUGGUCCAGAUUUUUCUGUGGUGAAACAGCUCCUCGCGGGUGCUGAGCAAAUGCUGAGCGAGCGGAAGAGCCUGGGGGCCAUCCCGUUCCCGGGGUGGGGGGGGUGGGGGGGUGGUGUUGCUUUGUUCAGCACCCCCAGCCCUGCGCCCAUGAUGGGGUGUUUCAUGGUGGGGGGCUCAGCCCCCUGGGGCAGGGUGCAGCAUGGGGAGCUCCGUGCUCCAGGCUCCCCGGGGGCUCUCGCCCAGCUGUUUGGGCGGCACCCCACUCCCUGCCUCGCGGACCUGCCUGCACCACAGGGUGCCGAGCAGUUUUUAAAUGUAAUAUAGCCUGUGUUUUUUAUUGUGCGUGUGUAUUUACGUGUGUGUGUGUGCUGGAGGAGCGCAGCCCAGCCUGCUGGGGCCCUGUGCUCCUGCUGCGUGCCCGUGGGGAUAGACGGGGCAGUUGGUGGGUCUCUGUGUCCCCCAAGCAUGUCAAGGGCUGCUCACAGGGGUCUGCUGCGGCGCUGGACCCCCUGCCUGGGUCAGUGUCUCUGCCCAUUGCAGCAGCACCCCUGUUGCCUGCUGGGGGGCUUUGCUGAUGGCUCUGGGCUCCCACCCAAGUGUGAAGACACCACAAACUGAGGGGACCCCGGAGCUGGGAGACCCCAGCGCACCCUUGCGCCUUGUUUGCUUGUUCAGGAACAAUAAACCACGGUGCCCCCA